AGUUCUUUGGGCCAAAAAUGGGUGGGUUUGGGUGGAUUUGGCGGAAUUCCCGCGGGAAGGGGCGUGGCCGGGGAAGGGGCGGGGGCGCCGUGUGCGCAUGCGCGGUGCCCCGGAAGCGCGGGCCGUUCGAACGCCAUGGCGGGAGCGGCGGCGCGGGCGGGCCCCGCGCUCGGGCCCGGCCCCGGCUCGGCCCCGGGGCCCCGCCACCACCGGGAAUGGCGGGGCCGGGCGGGCAGCGGGGCCGCGGCAUCGGCCUCGGGCGGGAGGAGUCCCGGGAGCGGCGGCGCGGGGAGCCAGAGCUGGCGGGGCGGCAGCAGUGCCCUGUACUUCUCUUCCAGCAGCGAUGAUGAAUUUGAAAUGUUUUUAGCUAAACUGAAAACUCCCAAAUCUGUUCCUAAAAAGGCAGAUGCAAGUUUGAAAGGCUUCAUUGAUGACUCAGAUGAUUUCUUCUUGGACUUGAAAGUGAAAAAGAGCACAACCAAGAGUGCACAGAAAGAUCUUCAGAUCCCGAAAAAGCUGACAACUCCUGGAAACAGAAACACUUGCUGCCAGGAAUUGCAGUAUCCAGACACUUCAAGUGACACUGAAGAUUCUGUCUUUGUAGAAAGUCCAUGGCAUAACCACCAAAAAGAGGGAGUGAAAGACUUAAGAGAGAGUCAGAAGUGCAUAAAUCUUUCACCUCCACGGAAUCAGAAAGAGUCAAUUUUCAAAGGCACUCCAGAUUUACUUGUUAGAAGGAAAGAAAGAAGCUGUGAAAAUACAGAAAAUAAAUUGCCAACUGUGGCACUAGGACGUGGUACCUGGGUGGAAUCAGAUAGCUCAGAUGACAGUUUUGGCUCUCUAAUGGAACGGAUAAAGAAGCGAAAUCUACCUCGAAAACCAGUCUUGAGCACAAGUAAAUCUGUCUUUCAGCCAAGCACCUCAGAAAACAUCAAGCCACCCUGCAAAGACACACAGCCUGUGAAAGGGGAGGGAGUCAAGACACCAAAGCCAAAAUCUAUUUCACUUCAAGAAACACCUUCCAUGAUAAAGACUCCUGCAAGAAUUCCUGGGAAUGAAUCAGUCAGUUGCUCACAAUCAGCAAAGACAGAGAAAAGGCUCAGGGUAUGCUCAGUGCCUGAUUGUUUCUUGCAAGAUCUUUCAAAUCCAGCUUCCCACUACGUGAAGAAUUUCAAGAAAAACAAAGAGGAGCUGGCCCAGAAGCUCUACAGGCUGUUUAACAGUACCAUCUUUGAGCAAAAGUUGCCAGAGAACAUGGUAAUAACCUGGAAUAAGAAGAUGAGAAAGACAGCGGGGUACUGUGUGACGGGGCAGGGGCAAGGCCCUGAAGGGAAGCGUUACGCUCGCAUUGAGCUCUCUGAGAAAGUCUGUGACUCUGCAGACCGCCUUCGGGACACGCUGAUCCAUGAGGUUUGCCACGCGGCCUCCUGGCUCAUCAACGGCGUCCGCGACGGCCACGGCCGCUUCUGGAGGUUCUAUGCCAACAAAUCAGCUGUGAUCCACCCCGAGCUGCCCGUGGUGACACGGUGCCACAGCUAUGAGAUCAACUACAAAUUCACCUACGAGUGUGUCCGGUGCAAAGCCACCAUCGGGCGGCACUCGCGCUCCCUGGACACGGCGCGGUUUGUGUGCGCCUUCUGCGGGGGGCAGCUGGAGCUGCGGCAGCCCCCGGGCAGGGCGGGCACCCCUGCCAGGGCACAGCUCACCCCCUUUGCCAGGUAUGUGAAGGAGAACUAUGGACUGGCUAAGAGAGGGCAGCACAGGCUGAGCCACGCAGAGGUCAUGAGGAAACUCAGCGCUGACUUUGCUUUGAAAACCAAGCUGGAAGAUUCCUUUUAAUGUCUCGAUACACCUCCUUUCUUGGUGCCAGUUAAAUUUUGUAUAGAGUAGUGAAAGUUCUGAGCAGCACUUACACACAGCAUGUCUUCAGUGACUCCAGGGAUUUACUGUUUCAUCUGGGCAGAUAAAAUGCUGUAGGCUCUGUGUGUGUGCUGAAGAACUGCUGUGUGUGCACCUGGCUGGGAUUGCCAGAGGCAAGAAAGUCAAGGCUCACCAGCCCAAAUUCUGACUGUGAAUGACUCCAAGGCAGGAAAAGGGCCAUACCCAAGUUGGGCUUCAACAUGGGUUCAGAUAUUCUCUCAUGUAGAGUUUCCUGAGAGAUCCUUUCCUGUUUUUGAUAAAAUUAAGUGGUAGGUACAUGUUAAAUCCAUUAACAGAGUAUGUGAGCUUCUCCAAACCCUUUAGCCCUCAGCAACACUAAUGGGGGUCUUUGAUAGAUUUCAAUAUAACAUACCUCUACCACUGAGAUUUCAUAGAAACUAAAAUAGAUGCAGAAGGUCAGGUUGGGGAAAGCAGAUUCAAACACUUUCCCCCAUGGAAUGAGGAGGUCUUGUCAAUGGCUUAAGUCUUUCGUGUAAAAGGAAAUUGAGUAUGUUAUAGUGUUUGUGUCUUCUGUAAGCAAAUUGCUCAGGGGCUUGAUAAUUUUGAUAAUCAAUAAAUGGCAUUUUGAUACGAACUCUUGCAAUGAACCAGGCUGCUCUGUUCCAGUUUAAUCAUGGCUGUGUAGGAAUACAGAACCCUGGUCCCAGCCCAGCUCUCCUGGAUCAGCACAGUCAUUUACCUCCUUUGGUCACUGGGAUUACAGUCCAAGGAUCCCCAGUUCAGGAGGCUCCAGG